AUGCUCAGAUAUAACCAAUCAAUUAAGCAUUCUUUUAGAUUUAGGAGGUGUUUUUCGGUCUCGCAAUUAAAUAGGCUGGAACUACCUGAUAAACAGAAGACAAUUGAAAAAUUCAAUUUCAAGCAUUUCACUCAUACAGUUGGUGACAUUACUGGAAAAUACCAUCAACUGAUAGGUAAACAAGUGACUUUAAACGGGUGGAUUGAUGGUGCACCAAGAAAGAUAUCCAAAGGUUUAGUAUUCGCCAAAUUCAGAGAUUUUAAUGGUGAAUAUACCCAAAUCGUCAGUAAAUCUGAAGAUCUGAGCAGAAUUCUUCGUACAUUGAAGCCAGAAGACUCAUUGUCGGUUACAGGAACUAUUAAUUUGAAGGCGCAAAAGAAGAAGAACCUAGCCAACCUUGACGGCAUCCAGCAAGAAGAAACAUGGGAAUUGAACGUUAAUAGUUUCCAGAUUUUGAAUAAUUCUAACGAGAAGGCAUCACAAUUAGACUCUUUGAAAGAUACCCCAAAUCAAUAUCCACCCGAGUAUAGAUAUUUGCAACUGAGACUUCCAUAUUACCAGCAGGCACUUAAAAUGAGAGCCAAAGCAGCUCGUGUUGCAAGGUCUGUUUUGGACUCGAUGAAUUUUACAGAAAUUGAAACUCCGUUAUUAUUCAAGUCAACGCCAGAAGGAGCUAAGGAGUUUUUAGUGCCAACAAGAAAACAUGGUCACUUCUACGCGUUACCUCAAUCACCACAGCAGUACAAGCAAUUGUUGAUGGCUUCUGGGUUCAAAGGUUAUUAUCAGAUUGCCAAAUGCUUUAGGGAUGAAGAUUUAAGGGCCGAUAGACAACCUGAAUUUACUCAAAUUGAUAUGGAAAUGUCAUUUGGUAGAAGUGAAGAUAUUCAACAUGUUGUUGAAAGGUUAGUCAGUAGUAUCUGGGGAAGCGUUAAGGAACUACCUUUAUACCGUGUUGAUUUUGAGACUGGAAAAUUAGUCGAGUUGGAAAAAAGUGAGAGUUUUCCCAAGUUGAGUUACGAAACAGCCUUACAGAAGUUUGGUAUUGACAAGCCGGAUUUGAGGUCCACACUAACGUUUGAAACCUUGACAGACCUUUUUGAAAGUUCUUUCCAUAACAACGAGUUCAAUGUUAUUGAAGGAUGUGUUCUAAAGGAGGGCUUAAAGAAAAAGAAGAAGCUACCAAAUCAAUUGUUUCAUGAUAUGGAAUACAAAGAUAGAAAGCCAUUUAUAUUUAAGAUUAGAAAUGCCGAGGAGCUAAACAAUUGGGCGUACAAGCUGCCGAUUAAGCUAAAAUGUCCAAUUGAAGAACUUAAUCAACGCUUGAAUGUUGCUGUUAAUGAUAUAGUUGCAAUUAGUGAUCGAAGUGAAUUGCCAUAUGAGAAUCCCACACCAUUAGGUAGAUUCCGUCAAUUGGCAAUCCAACAUUUCCCUCAAGAAUGGAUGAGAGAUUUCAGUGAGGGAUCAACCAAGCAGAAAUUGGACAAUGUAUUUGUUGCGUCGUGGUUAGUGGACUUCCCAUUAUUUAGUCCAGUUGAGCUAGAAUCGAAGGACGGAUACCCAACUUAUGAUUACAAGAGGUACGAGUCUACACACCAUCCAUUCACUAUGGCCAAGCUAGAAGACUAUGAAUACCUUGCCAGUGAUCCCUUAAAAGUCAAGGGUGACCAUUAUGACUUGGUUAUCAAUGGAGUUGAAGUUGGUGGUGGAUCAAGGAGAGUCCAUGAUGCUCAGUUACAGAAGUUUAUUUUCCAAGAAAUCCUACAAAUUAAAAACCACAUGUCACUCUUUGGUCACCUAAUUCAUGCUCUUGAUAGUGGAUGUCCACCCCAUGCCGGCCUAGCAAUUGGCUUUGAUAGAAUGUGUUCCAUGCUACUUGGAUCGUCCAAUAUAAGAGACGUAGUGGCUUUUCCCAAAACCCAAGCGGGCGCCGAUCCUGUUGUGGAGUCACCUUCGACUGUCCCUGCUCAGACUUUGGACAUUUACAACAUUGGUGUCAAAGACUUGGAGGAGCAUUAA